CGAACUGAAUGGGUAUUUGUUCGUUGAGCUUUGCUUAGCUUUCCUCUGGCCUUAUCGAGUUCGAAAUUAUCUGUAAUUGGUGUUGAGACUUCAGACUCCAGAACUCCCCAGAGGGAAUCUUAUCCUUUUGGUUACAAAUGUUCUAUUAGGAGCUCCAAUUCAACUGCAGAAAACCAGAACUUUCAUAUAGUUUGCUGUUUUGUUUAAUACAGGUAGAUACAUGGUUGCUUGCGGAUGAGUUGAGGAGUUGAGAAGGAAGAAUGGAAAACAUCACAGCAAGUGAAUUGGCUGGGUUUGGAGUUGGGACUGUGCUGCUCUGUGCCACUAUUGCUGCCCCCAAGAUCGAUGCCCUCAUUUCAGCUUCCCAAAGGAGUUCAUUGGGUAUGUGCAAGAGAUGUGGUGACUUGAGGAUCAUAGCAUGCUCAAGAUGUAAAGGAGCUGGCUCUGUCAGACAAGUUGGACCAUUCAGUUUUAGCCCAGUGGAUGACAUCUAUCAGUUGGUUGGUGGUAGUGGCACAAAGGUGAGGUCCGUUUCAUGUGCCAAUUGUCAAGCCAAAGGGCACAUAUGUUGCCCUAUUUGCUCUAAGGUACCAUAAAUUUGGGACUAGUUCAUCUAGUACCAUCUUCACUGUUGACUCAUGGCAUCCUACAUCUAGUACUGCAUUCCAUGGAUGUAGUUAGCAAAUUUAUUAGCUGUAAUGCUUUCUUUUGUAAAAUGCACUGUCAUGGGUAUGUGCUUUGUAUUAAUGGACUCUACAACUGAUGCUGAGCAUGCAUUACACCUUUGAUACUCCUGAAAUUUGUUAAUGAAGCUUGAAAAAAAAAAAAAAAUUCUUGUUUC